AAUAAUAAAAGGUCAAAAAGUGUAAGAAAAAAAGAAAAGAAGAGGAAGGUUCUGUGCACGUAACUUGAAUUCGUAAAAGUCCAUUGCUCCUUCUUCCUUAAGCUCUUUGCUAAAUCUUCACGCAAUGACUCUCUCCUUCAAAUUCAAUCCUCCUUCUUCUCUUCUAUUCUCUUCCCGCUUCAUCCUCCUCCUACGUCAUCCGGACGCUACGUUUCCCCGGCGCCGGCGGAUUCUACCGAUUCAUUGCGUUAGAUUUGUCACUGAGCCCUAAGAAUUUGGGGAAUUUUGGUCUGCUUCGGCGAAGGAUCGAUGGAGAAAUCUACCAAAUGUGCUGUUUGCUACAAGUCGUUUCGUCCCUCAAUCUGUGUAGAUUGUGUUAAUCGCGGGUUAAACGAAUACAAGGUCAAGUUGGACUCGUUGAAGAGUCUUCGGGAGGUUUCGUAUUUCAGAUUAAGUGGCUUACUUGUCACAAAGGAGAAAGCAAUUAGUCAACGUUGUUGGAAGGAGCUUCAGAAUGAGAAGCUUGCUAAGUUGCGGGAGAAGCUUCAGCUACAAGUGGAGAAAUUGCAGCAAAGCAAAAACACAUUUCGGAGUCUAUCUCGCAAUCUGAAAGAGAGAUAUGGCAUUAUUGAAUCAACUAACGUUGCUUUAGAGGAGAGCCGUGUUCACCAACUAGAGAACCACUAUUCAGAUACUAUUGGCAAUCACUACUUGGUAUAUAUCGAUCUAACUUCGGAACGCCUUUAUAAACAGGCUUUGGUUAUGAAACAGAUAUGCAAAUUAUUCCCUUUAUCCCGGGUGACAGUAGAGGGGCAGAACAAAGAUGGGUCUAGUGUACAAUAUGAUCAAAUCUGCAAUGCUCUCUUACCACAAGGUCUCAACCCACUCUCUGUUCCGCCAAAAGAGCUCGCAGCCUCAUUAGGGUACAUGGUGCAGCUUCUGAAUCUUGUUGUCCAUAAGCUCUCAGUGCCUGCACUUCAUAACUUGGGUUUCGCGGGUUCUUGUUCAAGAAUAUGGGAACGAGAUUCUUAUUGGAACUCUUAUCCAUCUUCUCCAAGCAAUGGGUAUCCCCUUUUUGUACCAAUCCAUGAUCACUACUCAUUUGAAGAGAAAAGUUCAUGGACGGGUAGAGAUACAACCAAUUUUGGUGUCACUUCGUUGAAAUCAGAUGGAAGUAUAGAAGAAGAUUAUCAUGACCUUGACCUUGACGUUGUUAGCCUUUCUUCUGCCUCUCCUCAUUCCGUUGAAACAUUCAGAAAUCUGCAGCAAGGAAUUGCACAUCUCAAGCAAAGCGUGGCUCACUUGACUGUGUACGGAUACAGGUCCCUGUCUCUGGAAGUUCCUUCCGGAACCUCGACUUUUGAAACAUUUGCAAAGUUGCUGGCUACAUUAUCUUCACUCAAGGAGGUUCAGUCUGGUCUUUCCCUUGGGCUGUCAAGUUCCAACAAGCAAAGACACGAGCCGAACAAAUCCGUGUGGAAUUUGAACUCCUCAAGUUCCAGCACCUUGCUUAACAGUUCUCAUACUCAGCCAACAACGUGGAACAGUAGCUAUUAUAAUGUUCCGAAUCGAGAUCCAAGCUACAUGGUGGAGUUUCCUGAUGUUAAAAAGGAUAAAAACUCUAUCGGUGAAUGGAAUUUGGUUGAGUAUCCUCAUUCUUCACGUCAACCUAAUCAUCCCAACAAGUAUUGAUCCUUUCAAGGAACCCAGAUUGUCGAUAUGUCAUUUGUUCAUACCCAAGGCAUCCUCAAUUCUAGUGAUACCUUAGAAAAACCACAUAUGGAGCUUUAUUAUUUAAAUCUUUGAUACCUUCUUCUGUAAUUAUGAAACACAGAUAAUUAUGUAAAUUAGCAGGCAAUGGAGUAAAUAUGGUGACAUUAUGAGUCACUGAUCUGCCUAAUGGAGUUUGAUGAUACAACAAUGAAGGAAGGUCAUGUGCACUUGUGUGACGUGAGAAUAUCCUCCGGCUUGUUUGGUCUUUAAAAGGAAAGGACACCACAAUAACAAUUAUCAAUUAGAAAACAAAAAAUACUCCUUUUAUUCUUAGUCACCAAACAAAUAAAAUCAGCUCCUUUUUUCAUACCACACAAUGGGAACAAAAGCAAUGAUAAAAGAAGCCCAUCACCUUCCUUUGCUUUUAAAUUAUUCAUAAUUUAUGAAAGAAACAAAAAAAAUUAUUAUUUUUAUUUUUGCUUCUCUUCCGGUAAGUCAAAGGAGAUAAUAUUAAGAGUUUAGAUAUUAAUCUCUUAAAUUCUGUGUUCAUUUUAAGAUUUUGUAGCAAAAGUUUAUUAUUACUAAUCAUGUGGUUGUACUGCAUGUUUAA